CGAUGAAAAGAAAGAAAGCAAUUUGUAAAGGGCCUCUCUUCUUUUUUCUUCUUCAUUGGUAUCCCAUAGCCAUUAGAUUCAAAGGUUAAAAAAAAAAACUAAAUGGGUAUCUCGAAAGCCUCGCGAUCGCUUCUUAUCUUGCUGCUCCUCAAUAUAACAUUCUUCUUCGGUCACAUUACACCAGGAGCCACCGUCAAGCCAUGCCCUCCCACUCCCACUCCCACUCCCACUCCCACAAAAGAAUCCCCCAUGAAAUGUCCAAAGGACACGCUCAAAUUUGGAGUGUGUGGGAGCUGGUUUGGUCUGGUUAGUGAGGUCAUCGGCACACCACCGAGCAAGGAGUGUUGCUCACUCAUCAAAGGUUUGGUCGACUUAGAAGCUGCGGUUUGUCUCUGCACUGCCCUUAAAACCAGCCUUCUCGGAGUUGCUCGGGUCAAAACUCCCAUUGCUCUCACUCUACUUCUCAACUCUUGCGGCAAGAAUGUUCCUCAGGGGUUCGUCUGCUAAUUGAUCUUGAACCAAUUCUUCUUAUUAUUAUGUCAAGCAAGACUCAAGUCUCGAGAGAUAGUUUUUGUAUUGUUGUAUUUCAUAUAUUUUUUUUUUUUUGUCAAUCUGUUGUAUUUCAUAUUUAAUAAACGCCACAAAAUAAAUGAUGUUUUGGAAUUUGAAUAAUAAUAAUAACAGUCCUAAACCUUCGUCAUCGUCA